CACACAUUUUAGGCUUGUGUCUGUAUAUAUUUUUACUACAACUCCUAAGUUGCAAAAAUUAAAAAAUCCAAAAAAAAUAAUAAUCUACAUUUCUGGUAAUUUUCCGAUGGGUAUUUUGCUUGAAAAUCUCACCGUCCCACGCGCCACCGUUGUCGCGGCGGCGAGUAUCUCUCCGAUCGUAGGUUCAUUAUCUGUUUCUCCGAUCUCGAAGCGCCGGGAAGUUAUAAAGUUACCGGAAUCUAGAGGACUCAAGAUCUCUUCUCGCCGCUCUAGUGGAUCGCUGACUUUUAAUUCUAGAGGCGUUCGCCGUAGUGCAAGGAUCGUUGCUGAAACUCAGGACACUGCUGUUGUAGUACCUCCUGUCACUGAUGGGACGUGGAAGUCAGAUGUACUCGAGUCUGAAACCCCUGUUCUGGUUGAAUUUUGGGCACCAUGGUGCGGCCCAUGCCGCAUGAUCCAUCCCAUCAUUGAUGAACUGGCCGUAGAAUUUGCGGGCAAACUCAAGUGUUACAAGCUGAACACUGAUGAGAGUCCCAAUAUCCCAACCGAAUAUGGGGUCAGAAGCAUUCCAACUGUUAUACUUUUCAAAGACGGUGAGAAGAAAGAUGCUGUUGUUGGUGCAGUUCCGAAAGCAACUCUAACCACAAGCAUAGAGAAGUUCUUAUAGAGGUGGUGGUAAGCAUGCAGAAUGUUUUCUGGGACGUUAGAUGUCUCUUGUUUCGUGUUCUUUAGCCUGGUACUUGCAAGUUAUGUUACUGCAAGUCAUAUUCUGAAUGUGCUCAUGUAUAGUUGAAAUUCCAUGUUACCUAUUUAAAGACUAAUGAUAAUUACCACGUUAUUCA